CUCAUUUUCUACCUGGUGGGUAAAGAGAAAAGGAGCACUGGCGAAGGGUUUUGUCUCUGGAAAGAACGAGCUUGAAGGGAUUCCGUGUGAGUAACAGAUAACGGCCCGGUUUGGACACAGAAUUAGUUGGAAGUCGACCUGCUGCCCCUGGUGGUGCGCCUUCAAAUCAACCCAUUCACAUGGAAAAGUUGGGUUUAAUCAGUGACGUGUUGGAGCGUGUUGGGUUUUAAAAAGCCACAGGACUGUUCGAGUCUCAUUUUCUCCAACAGCAUUCCUUUAGAGAACUUGGAGAUCUAGCUUUCUCUCUUUUCUCUCUCUAGUUGGAGAGAUCUCUCUUUCACACACUCCUUUCUCUCACUUCUCUCUCUCUCACUCCUCCUUUCUCUCUCUAGUUGGAGAUAUCUCUCACUCCUUUCUCUCUCUAGUUGGAGAUCUCUCUCACUCCUCCUUUCUCUCUCUAGUUGGAGCUCUCGCUCACUCCUUUCUCUCUCUAGUUGGAGCUCUCGCUCACUCCUUUCUCUCUCUAGUUGGAGAUAUCUGUCUCUCCUUUCUCUCUCUAGUUGAUCUCUCUCUCACACAAACUCCUUUCUCUCUCUAGUUGGAGAUCUCACUCCUUUCUCUCUCUAGUUGGAGAUCUCACUCCUUUCUCUCUAGUUGGAGAUCUCACUCCUUUCUCUCUCUAGUUGGAGAUCUCACUCCUUUCUCUCUCUAGUUGGAGAUCUCACUCCUUUCUCUCUCUAGUUGGAGAUCUCACUCCUUUCUCUCUCUAGUUGGAGAUCUCUCUCCUUUCUCUCUCUAGUUGGAGAUCUCUCUCCAUUUUUCUCUCUCUAGUUGGAGAUCUCUCUCCAUUUUUCUCUCUCUAGUUGGAGAUCUCUCUCCAUUUUUCUCUCUCUAGUUGGAGAUCUCUCUCCAUUUUUCUCUCUCUAGUUGGAGAUCUCUCUCCAUUUUUCUCUCUCUAGUUGGAGAUCUCUCUCCAUUUUUCUCUCUCUAGUUGGAGAUCUCUCUCCAUUUUUCUCUCUCUAGUUGGAGAUCUCUCUCCAUUUUUCUCUCUCGAGUUGGAGAUCUCUCUCCUUUCUCUAUCUAGUUGGAGAUCUCUCUCCUUUCUCUAUCUAGUUGGAGAUCUCUCUCCAUUUUUCUCUCUCUAGUUGGAGAUCUCUCUCCAUUUUUCUCUCUACACUUGGAGAGAUCUUUUGCUCUCUCACUCCUUUCUCUCUAUCAUUUCUCUCUAGCUGGAGAUCUCUCUAUCUCUCUCCACUUGGAGAUCUCUCUCUUUACACUUGGAGAGGUAUCUCUCCCUCUCACGCGCGCACACACACCUUUCUCUCUAGUUGGAGAUAUCUUUCUCUUGCUCUCCACUUGGAGAUCUUGCUUUCCACUUGGAGAGAUCUCUCGCUCUCUCCCUCACUCACUCCUUUCUCUCUCUCUCUCUCUCUCUCUCUCUCUCUCUCUCUGGGACGCAUGGAGAGUGUGAGCGCACAUCAGAGCUGCAAUUCCCUCUUUACUAUAGAGCACAUCCUGGGUCUGGAGCGACCUGAACAGAGAACAACUAUUUACACUCCUCACCGCCCCUGGACAGAUGUGCAACCACCAAAAAGCAACUGCUUCGUAAAGGCAGACGGCUCGUUGAAUGUACCUGUAACGGAUGAGAGAAAAAGUGAAGCACCGGUGGAGAGCUGCAGGCGUUCACUCAACUGGUGCAUCGGACGGAGACCCAGAACUGCCUUCUCCAGCUUACAGAUUGAGAUACUUGAGAGUGUGUUUCAAGUCAACUCAUACCCUGGGAUAGAUGUCCGAGAGGAGCUUGCUCAGAAACUGCAUCUCGAUGAAGAUCGAAUACAGAUCUGGUUCCAGAACAGGAGAGCAAAACUGAAGCGCUCGCAUCGAGAGAACCAGUUCCUCAUGGUGAAAAAAGUCAUCAAUGGACUCAAGCAGUGAUUGUAAAGUUCAGAUUUCUGUUUCUUGUCGUAUUGUAAUGUAUGAUGCUACGACUUAUUUUGAUGGUGCAAAUCAAUAAUUUAUGCCUUUUAAUGGUUUAGUUA